GGCUAGUGCGUUGUCGCCAUUUUGUUAUCAGUCGUACGUCCGACAUGUCCGAGUAACUGCUAGUAUUUUUGUAGUUAUAUUUAUAAUCUGUGAGUGUGACACCAUGACUAAAAGAAAGGGGGAUUCAUCAAGCGAUUGCCCCAAGGAGAAGGGGAAGCGGAAUCGGUCGCAAGAAGAAAGAAAGGGGGAUUCAUCAAGCGAUUGCCCAAAGGGGAAGAGGAAGCGGAAUUGGUCGCAAGAAGAAACUUCAGCUCUCAUCGCGAUUUGUGGCGAAAAAUCCCACCAGGAGGGGUUUGAGGGCAUGACUUACAAUUCUCGAGUGUGGGCCUCAAUAUUAUCGAAGUUUCUACACACCUUUCCUGGGUCGCCAUACCGGACGUGGGAAAGCCUCAAGGACAGAAUAGAUUACCUCAAACGGAAGUAUAGGGAUGCUAAAAAGGAGAAUAACGCAUCUGGGCGGGGAAGGGUGAGCUCCCCGUACUACAAGGAGCUGGACGAAUUUCUGGGGAAACGUCCGAUGACAAACUGCAGGGCCUAUCACCAUGCCGAUGCUGGCCUCAGCUCUGACGAAGAAGAAGAUGACGAACAGAAUGCAUCAACAUCCCAGAGCGACACAAUGGAGCAGGUCCAAGACUAUUCAGAUGUCAUCAAUGAGGACAUGGAUGCCAUUGACGAGGUCCUUGCCACAGACGAACAGUCAACAGAUGGUGAUACCACUGCUGGACUGGAAGAUCCAGCCACAGACCCUGGCAAUUCAAAGGCCCCAAGCAAGCUGAAAGAAAAAUUCAAUGGCCAGAUGACAAGAAAGCGUCGUGGUAAAAAAUCACAGAUAGAAGAAGCCAUGGGCAGCGCUGUCUCCAAGCUCAUUGAGGCACAACAAGCCGCGAAGGACGAGACCACAAUGGCUCUCUUACAGAUGGAGAAGGAACGCUUCCAGUGGGAAAAAGCGAGAGCCGAAGAGAAGGAGCGCCGCGAAGAUCAGCAUCGGAGGGAACAGCUAGCAUUCCGGCAGCAGCAGGGUGAACAAAACAGGGCCUUUAUGCUGCAGUUAGCAACUAUCCUAGGCAACAACAGAGACCAGUACACCAACAUCGGCAGACCUUCUACUGACCAGGCCAUUCCACCAUAUGUCAAUCACAAUUCAUUUGACUUCCAACCACCCCCUCGUUUUUAAGAACAUGCAUGUAUUGAAAUUAACCUAAAACAUGACAUCCUGCUUUGUUUACGUGUGCCAGGUUGUAACGAGAAGGAAGCGAACAUGCCAAUAAAGCAUGAUGUCAUCAUGUUUUAGGUCUAAUAAAGCUGUAUAAUAUACAGCUUAUAUAUUAUACUGUGGUAGUGCCGAGACUGUAGUAAUUGUAGCAAAGAUUUAGUGUGAGUUUUCGGAAACAAGUUCUUGUGUUUUCUGUAGUUUAGUUUUCCGGUAAUUACAUGUAAUCUAUUUUUCAAGUAGUACCUCCUUAUGUGACAAUAAUGAAACAUAUGAAAUUAUAUUUAAGUUUUAACAUUAAAACGACUUGCCUUCGGUAUAUUCUUACCUUACAGUAUUAUUAUUAAGCUGCCAUAUAUUCAGGACAUGUACUAAGUUUAGUUUCAACUUUUUUUCACAUUUAAAUAUGUAUACAUUAUGUAUUUUUAAUAUAUUUUCAACUAGUUUGAAGUGGUUUAUUCAGGAGCCUUGUGCAAAGGUUACAAAAUAUGUAACAUUUAAGUUUGAUGUUACCUGUUUAGAUUUUGUUUCAUAAGUCAUGUGCAACUCUGUAACUCAAGGAACCAAAGAAGUUUUUUAAAUGCCUUUUAUUGCCAGCAGUUUGAUAGUCUGUACACUAUGGUUAAAUUUACAGGUAGGAGUACACUGAACUAAAAAGCCCGUAAAGUGCAUUUCAAAUCAAACAAAUUUCCUAGAACUAGUGAAAACUCCAAGUUUGUUUUAUUAAAAGCACAUCAUUUUAAGAAGUCUGUAACUAGUGUAAGAAAAGAGAAACUUUAUCCAGUUUAUACAUGUAUUGCAAUAUUCGCACAAUAAAAGUAUAUGUACAUGUACAUGUUUAUUUCUCAAUGUGUCUUUACCACAGGUUAUGAAAUAUAAACAGCUGGGAUUCAAA